AUGAUUGGACUUGAUAAUAGUGGCAAAUCAACCAUUAUCAAUCAAAUGAAACCACACGAAGAUCAAGUAACUCAGGUUAUGCCAUCAAUUGGUUGUUCAAUUGAGAAAUUUAUUUUUAACAAUACAACAUUUAUGGUACAUGAUAUGUCUGGACAAGGGAAAUACCGGAAUUUAUGGGAGAAUUACUAUAAUGAGGUAGAUGGUGUAGCAUUUGUGGUUGAUAGCAAUGAUCGAUUACGGAUGGCAGUUGUUCGCGAUGAAUUACGGUUACUAUUGGAUCAUAAAGAAUUUGCUCAAAGAAAAGUACCACUUCUUAUAUUUGCCAAUAAAAUGGAUGAAAAAGGUGCAAUGAGAACUUCGGAUAUUAGCGAUAGCAUAGGCCUAAAUUCGAUAAUUAAUCGAAAUUGGCACAUUUGUGCAACAUGUGCAAUCACUGGUCAAGGCCUUAACGAUGGUUUUCAAUGGUUAUUGGAAAAUAUUCGAGCAUAUAUGGAAUCUAAGAGUAAUUGA